AUGGUGUUUCAUAUUUCACGAUCAACGCGCCUGAGUGUUGUCAUUGGCAUCUCGACCUGCUUUUUUCUUGCGGAGAUCUCUUUGGGCUUCUAUACCCACUCUAUUUCUUUGAUUGCCGAUGCCUUUCACUAUCUUAAUGACCUGGUUGGUUUUGUUAUCGCGCUUGUCGCUCUGAAGAAAUCCGAGCAGGCCGAUUCGCCUAAUGAGCUCUCAUUCGGCUGGCAGCGAGCUCAGCUCCUAGGUGCUUUCUUUAAUGGCGUUCUCCUUCUUGGCUUAGGAAUCAGUAUAUUCCUACAGUCAAUCGAGCGUUUCAUCGCUCUGCAACAUGUCACCAACCCUAAGAUGAUGUUCAUUGUUGGGUGUGUGGGGCUGGGGUUGAACCUGAUCAGCGCAGUCUUUCUUCAUGAACACGGCCACGGGCAUGAUCACGGGCCGCCCACGGUGGAGAGCCCUUCUCUCCAACCGGAGGAGCAUUUGCAUGAAUCUCACGCCACGCAUCAUGACCACAAGCAUCUGCAUUUGGAAAAACAUCACUGUGCAGACUCGGGCCAUGGUCACGGUCACGGACACGGUCACAGCCAUGGUGGGCACGACCAUGGUGACCUCGGAAUGAUGGGAGUCAUGAUCCACGUCAUUGGCGAUGCAAUCAACAACAUAGGUGUUAUGGCUGCUGGUCUGGUCAUCUGGCUGGCAGCACCCCAUUCCGGUCGCUAUUAUGCAGACCCGGGCGUCAGCAUGUUCAUUUCCAUUCUGAUCAUGCUUUCUUCUAUUCCACUCAUGCGCAAUGCCGGUUUGAUCUUGUUGGAGAGCGCACCGACCAGCGUGAGCAUGAGUGAUGUCAGACAUGAUCUAGAGAAGAUCAAAGGUGUGACCUCGAUCCAUGAACUUCACAUCUGGCGCCUGAAUCAGCAGAAGACUCUGGCAUCUGUGCAUGUCGUCGUUUCUGAUGAUUCUGUCGAGGAUUUCAUGAAGAUUGCCCGGGUUAUCAAUGAGUGUUUCCAUGCCUAUGGUAUUCAUUCGAUUACCCUCCAGCCGGAGCUGUCUGAUGGCAGUACCGACACUGGUGCUAUUCAGGAUAGUGACAAGCCACCUCGGUGCCAGGUUAUCUGUGGCACGCUCUGCGAGCAGCUGACAUGCUGUGGAUAG